GCAAGCCACAAAUAUUUGCAAGCCACAAGCCAAGCCAAGCAAAACCCUAAGAAACCCACCCUCCCUCCAGUCUCCUCGACCCCCGCCGCCGCCGCCGCCAUCACAACCCAGAGCACCCCCUCCCCACCCCACCCUGUCCCGAUGGCUGCGGACGCCGCCGCUGCGGCGAUGUCCGCGACUUCCCUCUGCGACGAUCUCGAGCCCGCCACCGUGCGCACCCGCAUCCGCGAUGUCCUGGCCGCAGGUGCCGCGCGUGCCGGGGACCGCGUCGUGGUCGGUGGGUGGGUCCGGACGGGCCGGGAGCAGGGGAAGGGCUCUUUCGCCUUCCUGGAGCUCAGCGACGGGUCCUGCGCUGCCACGCUUCAGGCCAUCGUUGACGCCGCCGUGCACCCGCUAGCGCGCCUCACCGCCACCGGCACCUCCGUCCUCGUCGAGGGCGUGAUCAAGGAGCCGCCCGAGGGGACCAAGCAGAACGUCGAGCUGAAGGUCAGCCGCGUGCUUGAGGUCGGCGAGGUCGAUGCCGCCGUCUACCCGCUGCCCAAGGGCAAGGUCAAACUCACGCUCGAGAAGCUCAGGGACGUCGUUCAUCUCCGUUCGCGCACCAACACGAUUGGAGCGGUUGCUAGGAUUAGGCACCAGUUAGCCUAUGCAUCACACAGGUUCUUUGAUGAGAAUGGAUUUCUCUAUGUACAUACACCAAUAAUAACUACGAGUGACUGUGAAGGUGCUGGUGAGAUGUUUCAAGUGACAACUUUAUUUAGCCAGGCUGAGAAAACUGAGAAGGAAUUGAGAGAGAACCCAAAACCUUCUGAUUCUGAAAUUGAGGCAGCUAAAGUUCUUGUCAAGGAAAAAGGUGAUGUGGUCGCACAGCUUAAAGCUGCAAAAGCCAGCAAACAAGAGAUAUCAACUGCUGUCGAUGAGCUUAAUAGGGCAAAGGAAAUUGUUUCAAAACUGGAGGAGAGGUUCAAGUUAAAGCCUGGGAUUCCACGCAAGGAUGAUGGUUCAAUAGCUUUUGAAAAUGACUUCUUCAAACGUCAAGCUUUUUUGACAGUGUCUGGACAGCUUCAGGUUGAGACAUAUGCAUGUGCUCUUAGUAGCGUUUAUACCUUUGGACCAACAUUCCGGGCAGAGAACUCACAUACGUCACGACAUUUGGCAGAGUUUUGGAUGGUUGAACCGGAAAUCGCAUUUGCAAACUUGCAGGAUGACAUGAACUGUGCAGAAAAAUAUGUACAGUACCUUUGCAAGUGGCUGCUUGACCAUUGCCAGGAAGAUAUGGAGUUUAUGGUGAAAAAUUAUGAUAAGAGUGCAAUUGAACGCCUGGAGCUUGUUUCGUCAACUCCUUUUGUGCGGAUUUCAUACACAAAGGCUGUGGAGCUCUUGAAAAAUGUUACCGACAAGAAGUUUGACAACAAAGUUGAAUGGGGAAUUGAUUUAGCCUCUGAGCAUGAAAGGUAUUUAACAGAGGAUAUAUUUAAGAAGCCAGUUAUUGUCUAUAACUAUCCGAAAGGAAUAAAGGCAUUUUAUAUGAGACUCAAUGAUGAUGACAAGACGGUGGCUGCAAUGGAUGUUCUUGUGCCUAAGGUUGGUGAAUUGAUUGGUGGAAGCCAAAGGGAGGAACGGUUAGAUGUUCUGAAACAGAGGAUACUUGAUGCUGGCCUGCCUUUGGAACCCUAUGAAUGGUACUUGGACCUCCGUCGCUUUGGAUCUGUAAAGCACAGUGGUUUUGGGUUGGGUUUUGAAAGGAUGAUUCUAUUUGCAACCGGAAUGGAGAACAUCAGAGAUGUUAUACCCUUCCCAAGCUCUAAGAAAUUCUAUGCUCAAAUAAUGGGCAAGUAACUUUGAAGUCUAAGGGUGUGUUUUGGUUGGAGAGUCAAUCGGGUUGAUUGGUUCACUGCACGCCGCUUAUCCAGGCUCACCAGAAGCAGUUUGUGCUAGUUUGGUUGUCUGACCAUCAUGCAAAAGCGUCCGCUGGGCCAGGCUCCGGGAAAACGUGAGAAUUGGCCGUUUUUGCUGAGCCAGGCUCGCGCGGUGCAAAGAUGAGAUGCUUUAACAAGCGUGCAAAGAAGAAAAGACUGCUAGGCCCAAGAUAUACAUGUUACCAAUCACUGUCUCCACCAGACUUGAUUGUAUACAUACGGAAACCAAUCAAAAUGUAACGUACCUCUAGAGUCCGGUUCCCGUCGACCUGGCUCUCUUGUCCGAGCCAAGCUCCUGAUAGAAGAGAACCAAUCAGGCCUAAUUAGAAUAGAGUGGUUCUAUUCUAGUUUUUGAGUCACUAUUUUUUGUUUGGUUGAUCGUGCUGUUCCAUUCUUUGUUUGGUUGGAGAGCCAUGAGUGGAGGUGAGAAGAGGGAGUAGAGUGCUCGCAUCUGAGGGAGUGCUCGCACUCGACUAUAGCGAGAGUACUUUAACUAUUUAUGAUAAAUUUUUAUAUAAAGACUGAGCCGCUCUUUGAAGCUAAAC